AGGCGCCCAGUCUCCGCUGCAGCGGACGCCGGCGUCCCGGGCCUGAGCGCGCCCACGCCGGGAGGCCGGGGUGCCGGGGAGCCGGGGAGCCAACGCGUGGCCAUGGAGCGGGAGCCCCGCGCCAGGGUUGCACUGGAGCCGGAGCGGUGCGGCCGCGGGCCUUCCUCCCGCCACCGCCGCCCGGGGCUGCUGCUCCCCGGCCUCUGGCUGCUGCUGCUCGCCGGGCCGGCCUCGUGCGCUCCAGAUGAGCUCUCCGUGGAUCAGCACAGCCAGCCUUUACGGCCCGCGGACCUCCUGCCAGAGACAAGCAUCAUGCACAGUGCUGCACAAGUGACCUUAUCAGAGACUGUCCCCAGGUCCCAGCCAAGCACCUCUGUCCUCAUCCUCUCCUCUCCGGCUGCUACUGCUUUUGAUACAGGCUUUUUAAGCCAGAGACAACAGACUCAAAGUCCAGCAGAGCACAGCAUCUUUGAGACAAAUUACGGAUCUGUGACGAGUAAUGAGGUAGCCCUUGAUGAUGAGGAGAUGGAUAACUUUUUGCCAGACACUCACUGGACCUCUUCAAGGGGGGUCUCCCCAGUGCGGUAUAUCACACCGAGCCCACCAGAGCCACCCCAGGAAAUGCCAGAGCCUGGCAUGACCCCAUUGCUACCUACCAUUUCUUUGCAGGAUGAAGUGCUGUCUGGAUGUCAGAACACAACGCCACAGGCAACUGUAUAUGUGGGGUCAUCCACGUAUUUCGGUGCUUCUUGGUCAGCUUUUCUCACAUCUGAGGGCAUCAUUCCAACUCCUAGUAGGGAUUCGGUGCUUGGUCCUACAGAAAUUCACAGCCAGUUUUCAAGCAAGGCUUUGCCAGAGACGAUAGCUACUGUCACAGAGAGCGCAGAAAACCUCCUUUACAGCUCCUGGAUUUCAGUGUCUCAGCCGUCAGGCGAUGGCUUGACUCAGCAACCAUCUGUUCCCCUGUGGGAGGUCUCACAGCCUCUAGUGGGCGUCCUGGCCACAAGCACAGACAGAAACCUUAACGAGACCACUGUUUGGAGUGAUCAUCCAGAGGAAGCCAUCGCUCGAAGAGCACACCCCGGCAUAACCAUGUCACCCACAGGCCCUGCUUUUAGCAGUCCGCCUUCUGCUUUAUUUUCAACCCCGCUUUCAUCUGUGUCUUUUGCUACCCAAUUACCUGGCGUUUCAGAUAACUCCUUCCUCUCUAGUGAGGCCAGGGAAGCCUUAGAAUCACAGUACAGCUCCACGGUCCCCAGUUUUAUUGACCAUUCUCAUGUCCUGAGUCCUGAGGCUUCCCUGAGACCACACAUGAGGUGUGUGUCUUGUGUUGUCUCAUCAUCUCAACAAGAACUGGCCAGGCACCUCACAGAGAAGGAAAUGGGAUCAGGGGACAGGCUUGAGACUUUGUCUACUGCCUCAGUAGAGGCAACUCAUCUUUCUCCACUGAGCAGCGUGGGCACAGACCUCUCUGAACUUGAAGAUCCUCAAGAAUUUAAUACGCUUUUCCCUUCCAGACCUGUGGUUUCCUUUUCUUCCAGACCUGUGGGGCUGUGGAAAGCCAGCAUGGAUGUGUCACCCGAGGUGGAUGUGAGUGGCAUUGCCACCACUCAGGUGAACCCCUCCCAUGGUCACCUCUCCACACCAAGCUCUCUCGAUUCGACUUUUGGCUUCUCUGUCACCAAUGAUCUAGUGAUAUCAUCCAGUGUGAUCCAUCUGCUGUCCUCUGUCAUUCCCAGCACCCAUUUUGACUCAUCUUUCUCCUUGACUGCAAAUCAAAACACUCCAUCCCUUCCAGCUGGAAACCCAAGCUUCCUCACCUCUCCCGGUCUGGUCCUCUCAGCACAGUCUGAAGUUUUCUCUGACGGAGCACCUACCAGCUCCCUGGAGCUCGCGUCUGGGAGUCUUUUGGAUUUCACAUCCAGCUUUUACUCAACUCCACCCCUGGACAUCAGCCCUUCAGCUCCUUCACGGUCAGACGUGCUUGCUUUCCCAUCUUUGAUGUCAAGCGAUCCAUCAACCUUCUUUUCUCAAACUUUUUCCACUGUGGCUGAGACAUUUUCACUGUCCGACUCUGUGAAUUUGCAAUCACCUCAGCUUUCUGUUCUUAAUCCCACAAGUCUAGAGCCAUCUCAGCCAUGGUCAAGUACAGACCUUCUUUUGAACACAGCCACUGUUCCUCCUAGUCACCCCGAGGUGCCCCCACUUUCGAGCUCCCCCUCUGAGUCUUUCAAGUUCGCCGAAGCAUCGAGAGUUUCCCUGAGAGAAUCCGAUGUUCAUCUUACCUCAGCUUUCUCUGAAACUACCUCUGCCUUUGAGUUUUCACCCAUUCCCCAUGAAUCCUCAGUCAGCACACCAGUGCCCUCCAGCUCCGAGCCCACCCUUGGCAUCUCCACAGCUGGGACUCACCUCACAUCACUGCCAGCCGUUUUCCAUUUGACACCCAUUUUAACCAAGUCAUCUCCAUUCUUGACUCUGACACCAUCCGAUGGCAGUGUGCCUGUGACAGACCAUCACACACCAGUCUUAACCACACCCUCCAGUGUCAUUCCAACUGUCACAGAAUCGAUCUCUGACCUGUACCUGUCAGCCUCCUCAUCACUUGUUUCUGAAGUAAGCCCUUCACCUCCGCCCACAAAGCCAGUCCUGGGCUCAUCACUGACACCCACAGAUUUAUCACCCAGUACGUCCCCAGAACCAAGUGCAUCCCCGGAACCAAGCGUGCCCAGCACCAGCACUGCCCCUGCUGAUACUGUGGACUCUGCUCUGAACAGCGAGCCUAUGAGUCAGAACCCUCAGGGGAACAGUGUGCCCCCUCCCCAACCCUCCCUCGGUCCUGUUACCACCUCCACACUUGAAGCCACAGUUGGUACACCAGCACUGGCCACAGCCAAGCCGCCAUAUGUGUGUGAUAUUACAGUUCCCGAUGUCUAUUUGAUCACAACUGUGCUGGCCAGACGAGCUGUGCAGGAGUACAUCAUUACAUCCAUUAAGGAAGUGCUGAGGAUCCACUUCAACCGUGCGGUGGAGCUAAAGGUUUAUGAACUGUUCACAGACUUCACAUUUCUGGUAACAUCUGGUCCUUUUGUCUACACGGCGAUAUCAGUCAUUAACGCCCUCAUCAAUAGCAAACUUGUACGCGACCAAACUCCUUUAAUCCUGUCUGUGAAACCGUCUUUCCUUGUGCCGGAUCCCAGGUUUCAAGUUCAAACAGUACUUCAGUUCGUGCCUCCGAGUGUGGAUACCGGCUUCUGCAACUUCACACAGAGCAUUGAGAAAGGCCUGGUGACAGCUCUCUUUGAAGUGAGGAAACACCAGGGGACGUAUAACCUCACAGUGCAGAUUGUGAAUGUCACCAUUGCUUCUUCGAGGGUGGCUCCCCGGAGGGGCCCAGUGAAUAUUAUCUUUGCUGUUAAAGGCUCACAAGGUUUUCUGAAUGGGUCGGAGGUGAGCGAUCUGCUGAGGAACCUGACGGUGGUGGAGUUCAGCUUCUACCUGGGGUACCCGGUGCUGCAGAUCGCAGAGCCCUUCCAGUACCCGCAGCUGAACUUAUCUCAGUUACUGAAGUCCUCUUGGGUCAGAACAGUCCUCCUGGGCGUGGUGGAGAAGCAGCUGCACAGUGAAGUGUUUCCAGCGGAGAUGGAGCGCAAACUGGCCCAGCUGCUCAGUGAGGUGCCCACCAGAAGACGCGUGUGGCGAAGGGCCACUGUAGCUGCGGGGAACAGCGUGGUGCAGGUGGUGAACGUGUCCAGGCUGGAGGGAGAGGACCAUCCAGUGCAGCUCAUAUACUUUGUGGAGAACCAAGAUGGAGAGAGGCUCAGUGCAGUCAAGUCUUCAGAUCUGAUCAACAAGGUAGACCUCCAGAGGGCAGCCAUCAUCCUGGGGUUCCGGAUUCAAGGUGCCAUUGCCCAGCCUGUGGACAGGGUGAAGAGGCCAUCCCCGGAGUCACAGAGCAGCAACCUAUGGGUCGUGGUUGGCGUGGUCAUUCCCGUGCUGGUGGUCACCGUAAUCGUUGUCAUCCUCUACUGGAAGCUGUGCCGCACGGACAAGCUGGACUUCCAGCCUGACACGGUGGCCAACAUACAGCAGCGGCAGAAGCUACAGAUCCCCAGCGUGAAGGGCUUCGACUUCGCUAAGCAGCAUCUGGGUCAGCACAAUAAAGACGACAUUCUGAUUAUCCAUGAACCAGCACCGCUGCCAGGACCUGUGAAGGACCACACCACGCCCUCCGAAAAUGGAGAGGUGCCGAGCCCAAAGUCAAAGAUCCCUUCCAAGAACAUCCGACACAGAGGGAGAGUUUCCCCUUCAGAUGCCGACUCCACAGUCAGCGAGGAGUCCAGCGAGAGAGAUGCAGGAGAGAAGACGCCGGCAACCGCCCCUGCGAAUAAGGCCCACAGAGCUCCACAGAGCGCCGCCCCCCUGCCCAGUUCGGGCAAUGAGCAGCAUUCCUCGGCCUCCAUCUUCGAGCACGUGGACAGGCUUUCUCGAACCUCGGAGGCCAGCCGGCGGGUCCCCAGUAAGAUCCAGCUUAUCGCCAUGCAGCCGCUCCCGGCCCCUCCCGCGCAGCACCCUGUCCUUGCUGACCGCGUGGCAGAAACCAACAAAAUCAACAAGGAGAUCCAGUCAGCACUGCGCCACAAGUCGGAGAUCGAACAUCACCGCAACAAGAUUCGCCUGCGUGCCAAACGCCGAGGCCACUACGAGUUCCCAGUAGUGGACGACCUGUCUUCUGGUGACACCAAGGAGCGACAUCGGGUGUACCGCAGGGCACAGAUGCAGAUUGACAAGAUCCUGGACCCUGCAGCCAGUGUGCCCUCUGUGUUCAUAGAGCCCAGGAAGAGCUCGCGGAUGAAACGUUCUCCUAAGCCACGCCGGAAACACCAGGUCAACGGCUGUCCCGCUGAUGCAGAGAAGGACAGACUCAUCACCACAGACAGUGACGGCACAUACAAGCGGCCCCCGGGGGUGCACAACUCAGCCUACAUCGGAUGCCCUUCUGAUCCUGACCUCCCAGCUGAUGUCCAGACGCCCUCCUCUGCAGAGCUGGGCAGGUAUCCCGGCCUGCCUUUCUCAGCCUCUCAGUACAUCCCACCUCAGCCCUCCAUCGAGGAGGCACGCCAGACCAUGCACUCCCUCCUGGAUGACGCCUUUGCCCUCGUGGCUCCCAGCAGCCAGCCCACCAAUGCUGUGGGAGCAGGUACUGGGGUGCCUGCCAACCUGCCUGUGAAUAGCACCCCUUCCAGAGAAGAAAGGCGAGCUACGCAGUGGGGGUCCUUCUACAGCCCAGCUCAGACGGCUAACAACCCUUGCAGUAGAUACGAAGACUAUGGGAUGACUCCCCCAUCGGGCCCACUGCCAAGCAGACCUAGCUUUGGCCCAGGGUUGCUGCCGUCCUCAGAGUUGGGCCCCCCUGAGCCCCCACAGCCGCCGUCAUCAGCUGAUGCCCCAUACGCUGCCCGAGGGAUCUACUCGGAGGAGAUGCCAUCAGUGGCCCGGCCUCGGCCUGUUGGGGGCACCACAGGCUCCCAGAUCCAGCAUCUGACACAGGUGGGAAUUGCAAGCAGAAUUGGGGCCCAGCCAGUGGAAAUUGCUCCCGGCAGAGGCAGCCAGUAUGGGGGACCAGGCUGGCCUGUGUACGGAGAGGAGGAGGCAGGACGAAGAGAAGCCACCCACAUGCUUGGACAUCAAGAGUAUUCUUCUUCACCGCUGUUUCAGGUGCCAAGGACUUCGGGCAGGGAGCCCUCAGCCCCUCCCGGGAACCUCGCCCACCGGGGGCUGCAGGGCCCUGGGCUGGGUUACCCCACCAGCUCCACCGAGGACCUCCAGCCCGGCCACUCCUCUGCCUCCCUCAUCAAAGCGAUCCGAGAGGAGCUCCUGCGGCUCUCUCAGAAACAGGGCUCAGUGCAGAACUUCCACAGCUGAUCAGCCUCCCUUGCAGGUUUGCCAAGUAUCUGCUUCCCGUGGAAGCAAGACCAAAAGGAAAUCAACGGAGUGGGUGUUCAUAAGAGUCGGAAGCAGCAUCUCCCGGCAAGCUGCCCGAGGACGGGAACAAGUUGCAAUUUUAGAAGAUGCCAUAAAGUCACAUGGUCAACUCAUGGCACUUUCACUGGGUUGGCAAUUUGAUGACCAUUUUGGUUCAGUCAAAAUGUGUGUACUUUGGGCCAAAAGCCAGCACUUACAAACACACACACACACACACACACACACACACACAACCAAAACACAAACCUAACCUAACAAAGGCAAAAGAUGAAACCCUGCAGGUGGCUAGGAAUGCAGGGGCAGCAUUUCCCCGGGAAUCUGACCGGUACGCACAACACACCCACUGCUCUGUUUCCUGAGAAGAGAGAUCUCAAGACAUUUUAGUAACAGCUUGAGCCCUCUUUUCCUCCGUAGGAUCUUACAUUAAUAGUAAUAUUAACAACAAGACAUACUGAGACUGUUUGGUAAUCUAAAAGAGCUACUAGUGAGAACCUGAUGAUAGGUUGUGGAGCCUGGUGAUUUCAAACAAAGCCAUCGCCUGCGUUCUUUCUCCUUCUGGUGCUACAGCUCUGAGGGCCGCCGCCUUUCUGUCUGAAAUACAACUGUGGCUUUUGCAGUAGAAGAAUAUGUUGGUGGUUUCAUUGUGUUCUGGGAUCCGAGGGAAAGAAAAAGAAAAGGCUGUACUUGGGAGGGGGAGCUUCAUAUUUAUUUGGUUAUUCAAAAUACAUAUCAGAGUCUGGGUUUCUGGUCUUAGUUGUAUUUGCUGUUUAUUCGGUGGGAUCAUCCAGUUCUUGGCGCCAUAGCUCUUGGCAUCUCUGUGAGGUCCGUCCUGCACGAUGAGGCUAUCCGGUGUCCUAACCCAGGUCCUUGUACUUCACUGACACUUUGCUCACAGAUAUGCUUGAAUGUCCUACAGAAGCAGACGUUAUAUUCAGUGAUUCUCGGGACCACCUGAUUGUUAUGAAUCGGCCCCUGGUAGUCAGGUUCCCUGAGUUCCGGACUGGAAGUGGGACUAUGUUCCUGUCAGCCUCUGUAAUGACGGAAGAAAUACAGGGUUUUGAAAUCGUGAAGGAAAUGAAAGUUUCCCCCAUUUCUGAUUUUGCUAUUAUUUUUUUGUCUGAAGUCUGUCAUACUCACUUUGGGCCAGAGAGAGGUUACCUCACAGUGUGCUUCUGAUGUCAUAUUUCUCGGCCUCUGACAUUAUGACAUUCUGUAUCCUGGUGCCUGAAAGAAACUCUGGGAAAUCACACACAGCAGGGAGUUGCACCAUGCACCUCCUCAUCAGAUGAAUGAAUACUUUUGAUUGAACAACAGCGAAUGGGGUAGAGUUUUGGGGGCUCAGCCCAAUCAAACCUGUGUGUCUGUGAGCUUUAAAAAAAUGGAGACAGCUAGAACAAGCCCCCAGAGUGUAGUCACUGGCUCCAGAAUUGUUUCUGCCCUUCUCAGUAAGUCUCGGGACACAAGGACACCUGGUCCCGGAAACUGGAGCAGCCGGUGUUUAUCUGCACACUCCAGAUGAGAGGGCAUGCAGGAGGGGACCCACUGUCUCUGUCAGGUGUCCUGCAGGCACUCUGCAGAGGAUGGAAGAGGAGACCCUGGUCUGGGCUUAUUUAUUAAUCUUGAUUUAAUGCAGUCUCUUCCUAAGCUGGGAGAUUCUCUUUCCAGGCCACUCUAACCAAGUCUCAAACACACAGGCAGAGUCUUAGUACGACAUCGUGUGAUAAAUCCAAAUCAACACACAGAGUAAAUGGCCUUUUCUCACCCUGUGUCAUGAAUGUUCGGGACAUAGAGCAUCCUAAAAAUGACCACCUCCUUUGUACAAUGCCAAAAUGAGUCUCAGUGUCAGAGGAUGUGACAAAAGCAGCAAUUUUGAUGCCUUUGAAAUUAUAAAGGGGUUCUACCUGUAUUUUUACUCCUAGAACAGAUAUACCUUUAAAUGGGUGUCACAGCCAAAGGUGGAGUGCAGUUUGGCAUGCAGGCUCUGGAGCUCCAGUGCUCAGUUCUUGGUUAUUUAAACCACACUCAGUUUGCACUCAUUUCCCCUAAACAACUGGCACAGCAGGUCUACCAUGCUUCAACUGCUGUGGGGUACGCCAUAUCCUGCAGGCGUCCGUCCACUCAGCCAUCCAGUGUGCUCCCCUGAAAGAGGGCGUCCUCCACAUAUGUAAAUUAUUAAAGCACUCCAAAAUGAAAGUUAAGUUUAAUGUCUGUCCCUUUCCCUUCUAGUUUUAGAAGUUCGGUCGAGAAACACACACUGCAAAUGUGAGUCAGCAUUUUUAGGGCACAGUGCUUGGAGAAGUGCUUUGUUUCGAAGUCUCCUUUGUGCUAAUUCCUUGUGUCCGGUAUCUUCUGUAUGCCAUUCUUGUUAUUAACGAGACCAUGUCCUCCAUAACCCAACACCUCAUAGGAUCUCUGCUUCUAAAAAUCAGGGGUAAUCCUGCUUGAAAACAACCGUUGAGGAGGGAGCCUUAGUCACUGGGAACAUGUGAGGGGUUAUCUGUGUAGAUGUUCUGCCAUGGGUGAUGUGUGAUCCAUCUGCCAGUGUCUGGGUUCACCUGUAGGCAAUCAGAACAGAACAGAAAGCGCAGUGGGCUCCUCCUGCAGCUGCUGUGUUUCAAGUUUACCAUGUCCUCAGUCAGCAGACAUGAGUCCUGUCUUCCAACAGACUUUAGAAUCCAAGCUGGAUAGUACAGACAGGUAUGAAAUAUGGAAGCUAUAGAUAACCAGGGUGGCUUAGAUACCCAUAAAAUGCAAAAGACAUAGGUGUGUCGGAUAUUCAGAAGUCACGGAAGUUACAUGUUUGGGAUUGAUGAAUUUUAGGGGAGAAGCCAACUGCAGAGGCUACUUUAACAUGACUCAAGCCAGUGAUGACACAGCAACGGAUAGGCCUCCCAGUUGUCCUGGGAAGGGUUUAGGAAUUGGGUACUCUGUCCGAGUGAACUCCAUCCUAAGAAGAAGUAGUAGUGUUGGGAGGAAACCUGUCUAAUGACAAAGCAAGAGGCUGGUGAAGAUCUGCUUAGCAAGAGCCCUGGCAUGGGGAAAGGGGGGUCAGAGUACCAGGAACUGCUGAGGUCUGCUCCAAAGCGAGUCAGUGGUGCUGAGCCGGGCCUUGCAGAGGCUUAUAGCAGAUCUUGGUCCUCUGUGGUCUUUAGCAGGUCGUAGAUAAGUUACAUCUGGCUUCUUUAUCUACACCUCCAUGUUUAA